ACGCCCAAUAGGCCUGAACCCACCCGCCAUGGACUCCUUUCAAGCCACCUACAGAGAGGAAGAUGACGAAGUGGACGAGUCCGUACAUCCCACCACCAACAACUGGGACGACCGUGAAGAAAUCUAAGAAGAAGAACUAUAACGUGUGGGUUACAAAGUCGACUCGCAAAAGCAAGAAGAAGAAUAAGUCGAAUAACCACCACAACACCCCGGCUGAGGAAACCGUCCUCAUUACCCCGAUCCAGAAGUUCCCGGACAAGUCAGACGACACCCAGGACAUGAAAAUCUGCCUCUGGAAGCUUUACAAGGCCGAGAAAGUCGAACUGAGCGACGACAGAUUGAGCGCCGGGAGCACCAAAGGGUACAGGAUGGUUAGAGCGACUAGAGGGGUCGUGGAGGGCGCGUGGUACUUCGAGAUUAAAGUUGUGAGAUUGGGAGAGGCGGGCCACACGCGCCUCGGGUGGUCCACUGAGAAAGGGGACCUCCAGGCGCCUGUUGGGUAUGACGGGAACAGUUUCGGGUACAGAGACAUUGAUGGGAGCAAGGUGCACAAGACGUUGAGGGAGAAGUAUGGGGAAGAGGGGUAUAAGGAAGGUGAUGUUAUUGGGUUCUACAUUAGUUUGCCGGAGGAAGGUUUGUGCGCGCCGAAGCCCCCACAUUUGGUUUUGUAUAAGGGGCAGAGGUAUGCAUGCGCGCCGGAUGCCAAGGAGGAGGCCCCAAAAGUGGUGCCUGGAAGUGAGAUAUCUUUCUUCAAGAAUGGGAUCUGUCAAGGAGUUGCUUUCAAGGAUCUAUGUGGUGGUCGCUACUACCCUGCUGCUUCAAUGUACACUCUUCCAAAUCAGCCAAAUUGUGUAGUCAACUUCAACUUUGGCCCUGAUUUUGAAUUCUUUCCGGCAGAUUUUAACGAACGUCCUGUGCCUAGGCCCAUGGUUGAAGUUCCUUAUCGUGGGUUUGAGAACCGAGUUGAAAAUGGAGUGUCAACUGAGAAGAAACAUUAGCCAGCAAGCGGCACGUUUCAACCGUAACACUUGCAGAGCUGGGAGUUGGAUCUGAGUUUAACAUUCUGUUGUAAAUUAUUUUCUGUUAAAUUACGACUGAAAAAAUUAUUCAAUGACAUUGUAAACUCGACCUUUCAAUGGAAGAGAGAAAACCCGCAUGUGAAAUAUAGUAAUGAUAUUGCUUGAGCCCAAUGACAUUUUGAUAGUUUUAUCGUAGUUCUAGUGGGAGAUUCUGGUUUUUCAUUGUUGUGAUGCCGCACUGUAAAAGCAUGUUAUAAUUAAUAUUAUUGUUGUAGUUCCUUAUGGACAGAUUGGGUUGAUUGCUCAGAGUUCUAAGUGGUGGAAAUCCUUCUG